AUGGCCACAGAGCAGGAGAGGAGCCUUCCAGGCUCAGACCUGGCCCCUGGCUUCCAAGAGCACCCUGGGCAGGCAGAGGCUCCCAGGGGUGGGGCUCAGGGGCCAGCCGUGGCCAGCAGGAGGAGCAAGAAAGAGAGGGGUCACCGAGGGCCCCGGAAGGACUCUGGGGAGCAGACCCCUGCCCAGGACCCUGAAGCACAGGGCAGCAACAAGAUGCCCCCUAGGUCUGGGCAGGGGCAGGAGGAGCUAACCCCUGCAGCCCCCAGGCUGGCUCCCCGACACCAGUCCCAGCGGCACCGUCCUGACCCCCAGCAUGAAGCUGCCCAGAGGACAUAUGGGCCCCUCCUCAACCGAAUCUUUGGGAAGGACCGAGAGCUGGGCCCUGGAGAACUGGAGGAGCUGCAGGCCGCCUUCGAGGAGUUCGACACGGACCGGGACGGCUACAUCGGCUACCGGGCGCUGGGCGCCUGCAUGCGGACGCUGGGCUACAUGCCCACAGAGAUGGAGCUGAUCCAGGUCUCCCAGCACAUCAAGAUGCGGAUGGGGGGCCGCGUGGACUUUGAAGAGUUCGUGGAACUGAUGGCCCCGAAACUGCGGGAAGAGACGGCGCACAUGCUGGGGGUGCGCGAGCUGCUCGUCGCCUUCCGAGAGCUGCCUGGACGGAUCGCACCCCCAAUCUUAGGGAUCCAGGCCCCCAGUCUUAGCUCUCUAGUGCUGCCGCUGUAG